AUGGAGACUACAUGGGAUCGAGACGCUGACGAAGCGUCGAACGUGAACUUCCUGGGCCAAGAACCGAGAGAAAAGAUGGAUGUGGUACUGGAGAAGAUGCACAACUUCCAAGCGCUCAGACUGGAGAUCAUCGUGCAUACGACCCUGCAGGGCAGGUUCCACUCGCUCGAUGUGGUUCGUCACAGAAGAAAUGAUUCCGACGGUGAACGCGCCGUGCACCUCAUAGACUUGUCGCUGGAUGCUUACCAUGAACCGUCCCCGCCGUGGUGCAAGAUUGAUUUCAUAGGUAAUUGCAUCAUGCUCCGAGGAGGCGCGAAGAACUCGCUUGAAAGCAUGCCGCCUGAGAAAAGCGAGGGGAAGCUCCGGAGCUGGCGGGAAGGCUAUACCGCAUUUCUACGGUACGAUACAGAAGAGAGCCAGGAACGGAGAAACAGUGACAAUGACUUUGUGCUAGAAGGACACGCUGCUGUGAGUGUGAUUCGGGUGUUCGAGUCGUUAGUGGAGUGA